ACCAGCUCAUUUUCGUGUAAGUACGUAGAAUGAGUACACUGUGUGGUGGGUCGAGGGGAACGCAUAUAUAUAAAUAUAUGUAUAUAUAUUGACUUUUGCAAGAUAGCAAAAUGGAAAUUGAAGUCUUAGUCAACCAAAGGUACCAGUGUGGAGAAGGACCACAUUGGGAUCAUGCAAAUAACAGGCUGAUCUUCAAUGAUAUUUCUGGCAAAAGUGUAACUGUUGUGGAUCUGGAAACAAAGGAGGCAAAAAGAGUUGAUGGCAUGCCUGAUACAGUCUCAGCAGUUGUACCAAGGGCCUCAAAUAAAGAUGAAGUUGUCAUUUGCCAUGGACAAAAUCUGGAAAUUCUUAAUCUAGAGACAAAACAGAGAGAAAUUAUUGCCAUAGUUGAUGAGGGCACUGAAAAUAUAUUGAAUGAUGCCAAGUGUGAUCCAGUUGGAAGGUUGUGGGCAGGAACCAUGGGCCCAGAAGCCUCUCCUGGCAAUGUGGAUCCAGAGAAAGGAUCAGUGUUUUGUUUAGACAAAGACCGAAAGAUUUCAAAGAAAUUUGAUAAGGUCAACAUUGCAAAUGGUCUGGCCUGGAGCCUUGAUCAAAAGACAUUUUAUUACAUUGAUUCCUUGCCAAGAAAAGUUGAUGCAUUUGACUAUGAUGUUGCCACUGGAGAGAUAAAAAACCGCAGAACAGCCAUCGAUGUAAAGAAAUUUGAAGAUUUUGCCCACAUCACGGAUGGGAUGUGCAUUGAUGAGGAAGGAAUGCUUUGGAUAGCCUUGUUCAAUGGAGGAAAGGUUAUACGUUGCAACCCAAACACUGGUGAGAAGUUGUCUGAGAUUCUGUUGCCUGUAAAACAAACGACGUCGUGUUGCUUUGCCGGACCCAAUCUUGACCAGCUAAUUGUAACAAGUGCAAGCUCACUUUCUGAAGAAGAACUGAAGCAACAACCUGAGGCUGGGUUUGUCUUCCGCAUCAAAAAUGUCGGAGUGCGUGGUGUUCAAGCAGUUUCUUAUGCUGGCUAAAAUGAUUGAGAAGAGGGAACUUGCCUGCAAGGCUUAGGGAAUUUAGUAUGUAUGAAUUGAAGUGGGUCAUUUUCAAAGAAUUAACUAUUGUUUUAAUUUUUGUAGCAAAUUUGACUAGUGAAUGUAGCAUUUUAAUUUUGAUUAUAUAUUUAUUCUAACUUGCUUGAGGAAAAACAAGAAAAUGAUUUCAUUUCCAGCA